UAGACAGGUAACACAUCGCUGCGCUGGAUGUUGUGGAAAUGAACGAGAAAAUAGACAUUGAAUCAUUAAGAAAUUUUUACCUAAGAGAACGUAUCUUAACUUUUGACCUUUUUGAAAGUUACCUGAAAGUAACGGAUUUCUGACCAAUUCAUCCAGGUAACAUUGGGAACAGAGGAGCUGGAGGUGCGAAGAGAAAAAGCGAAGGAACUGAAAGAUGCUUAUUCGAUAUAGAAGAGUUGCUUUUAUUGUCAUCCAUAUUGUUACCGGCCAAGGACAAUAUGAACUUAUCUUCGAUAAUAAGCUUAGCACUGAUGCGUUUGUUUUGAACAUGUGAAAGAAGAAAAAUAGUAAAAGAAUGGAUUUGGGAUCCUCUUGGAUUUGCAUAAAUGGAAACGUUGUUACUUUAAAAGUAGAAAACAGAAAGUAUAGAGACAAGGAAAAAUAAAGUGUUGAAGAUUUAUUUAUGAUCAACUGGGAGUUGCGCUUGAUGCUCUCGAUGAACUUGACAUCUGACCCCACUAUGAAUCUGACCCAAGAUCAGGCACCGACCCAGCUCUUCAACCUUCCCAGUGCAUUGGACCUUCAAAACAAAAGCAGACCGGACCUUCCAUCUCAAGCCAGACUCUUCAACAACACCUUUUUCUUCCAGGAUAACGCGGCGUUAGAAUGGGAGCUAUUUUUGACCAUUCGAGAGCCUGGCACUAUUAUCUUGACUGUCUUGUACUCGGUUUCCUUUCUCGUGGGCUUCACCGGAAACGUCAUGUCUCUUAAAGUCCUCUUAGGACAACGUGGGAGUGUGCGUCUGUCAGGUGCGAGCGCCACGCGCUGUCUGCUGAUCAACUUAGCGGUGUGCGACCUGGCGGUAGUUUGCGUGUGCAUGCCCGUCACAUUGGGCCACCGAAUAUACACGCCGUGGGUGUACGGGGACUUUUUGUGUCGUGCCGUACCUUUCACGCAAGCCGUGUCUGUUUCUGCCAGCGUCCUGAGCAUCACAGUCAUCAGCAUUAGCCGGUACUACGCGGUCCACUCUCCGCUACAGUCUCGUGCUUACUUCACCCGUCGGCGCAUCCUCGUCUCCGUCACCGUCGUGUGGCUGAUCUCCUCAGUGAUCUGCAUGCCGGUUGCCAUAGUUACCCGACGCGAUGAAGUUGCUUUGAUUGAAGGGCUGGCCAUCAUCCUGCCCGUCUGCGGAGAGGUGUGGCCACAGCCACGCCUGCGUCAGGCGUACAACUUCCUGCUGUUCAGCGCCCUCUACUGCCUUCCUGUGGCGUUUAACCUCACCUUGGCCUUCCUCACGUGUCGCCGGUUGCGGAGCACCAACGCGGAAGGACGGUUCACAGAGCUGGACCCGCGCUCUCAGGCGCUUCACGAAACAAGACUGCAAGGGCGCAAGCAGAUUGCCCGCAUGGUUGCGGCCCUCGUGCUGCUCUUCGCUCUGUCCUGGUUGCCCAUGUACGUAGCCGACAUUUGGUUGGAUCUUGAACUAAACCAUCCGCCCCACUGGCUCCUCCAAGCCAGGCCUUUUGCGCAGUGGCUGGGCCUCACCAACUCUUCUCUCAACCCCUUUUGCUACUGCUUCAUUGGAGAGCUCCACCGGUCAGCCAAGGCAUUGCGUCUGCGCUUCAGCGGCCCAUCCCCUGCCACAGCGCUGGCGCUGGCCUCGCUUCCUAAAAUCUUCCACUUGCAGAACGAUAAGAAAACGGCGGAUGCCGCAAACAACUCUAACUCUUGUGGGGAGGAUGCUGAGACUCUGGGUCUGUCCAUGUGGUGGACGCAAUCUAGCGCGUGUGAGUCGAUCUCACAUUGGAAUGACUGAAGCAGCCAUUACAUCUGAUACAUUCGUAGACUGUUUCUCUCAGUGGGCCAGAAGUGUUGUGCUUUGUAUUGUGUGCUUCUAGAGACCUAGGUUUCAGUUGUGUAUUCAGUUUUCAUGAAUAUGGAUAGAGGAAAACUGGUAAUAUGUAGUGGAUUCUUCUAUAGAGUGAUUAGAUAGGACAUCUACCCGAGGAGUCGUGACAUCCAUAUUGUUUAAAAACUAUAGAGUUGUAUCAAUUGUUUAACAUCAUAUUAGUGAAUAAACAUCAUCACAUUUCAUAUUCAAAUUGGAGGAGAUGUAACCAUUCAUCAUCAUCUACAUCUGAUGCAAAUGUACUAUUUAUACACAAAACUUAUUGGGCUCCAUGUAAGAAACCAUACCAUGAGGGAAUAAAAUGGCUUCAUGCCAAAUUUGUGCUUCUGUUGUGUUGCACACUUUGCCUGGAGCAAUGUCUUGGAAUAGACAGAUCUAUAUGUCAUCCUCUAGCGGUGUGGUUUAAUUAAAAUGAUAAUUAAAGUGAAAUCCAAACACGUGUACAGUACACACUGACACUCACACUCCUGUGAAGAAACACAUGGUAGAGUCUGCUGUGAAUGCUCACGACUUCUCACCUCCUUUGCUAAAUGUGGAAACCAUCUGCAUCUCAGUGCAUCACCCUCUUCUGUAAAGCGUGAGCAGUCUGCGGUUCUGCCAAGAUCCUAUGAAUGUAAAAGAAAAGUAAAAAGAUCUAUCUACACUGUAAAAAUUAUUUGUUGUUUUAAAAUUAAGUUACCCAGCUGCCUUAAAAAAAUUGUUAAUUCAACUAAACCAAAAAUAUUGGUUGAGGGGGGGAUUUAACGCUGUUUCAUGCAUUCUGACUCUCAUGCUUAACAUGGUCAACUUGUCAAAAAACGAGUUGGAUGUAUUAGUAGUAUUUCUGUGCUCGAUACACUCCCCCAAGGUUCGUAUAGGUUUCGGAAGUUUUUUUCGAACAUGAAAAACCGUUACAUAAAAAGAGAUAGCCUGCCCACACGUCAACCAAAGAGCAUUCGGAAGACCCGCUUACCAUCAAGAUUGGCUGCGCUGUGGGCCUGCAGCUGCAGGUCGUCACUCUUGCGAUAGUGAGAGAAGUUGAGGUGUGUUUGUUUGUUCACGGCAUUUCAGUGAUGGAUGUUAAAUAAACGGUGGAUAUAACACUGGAGUUGCAGAUCGUUUGAAACUGAUAGAUGGAGCGGCCCCAGUGCUAAAAGAUGCUGGACAUGAACCGCACGCGGUAAGUGAAACUAAGCCAUAUGUCUGUGUUUUGUUGGCAAUCAGCGCAUACGUGUAUAAUGUAAACAACACGAACUUAUAGUGAAUCAAAACAGUUAUGCAGGGAUAAUGCGAUGAUGUAUUGUGUGCUCGUGAUUUAGUUCCCCCCCACACACCCCCAGGAUGUCGUCUGUUUUCGGAAAUAAUCGUACAGCUGUAUUCAUCUUUUAUAAAUGUGAUCAAACUAAAUACUCUUCGAAGAUACAAAGUAUGCAAUACUACUCUGUAGGUACUCAAGAUUAAUAUGAGAUUGGCAGAA